GAGGUCAUCCCAUAUAUUGAUAUCCUUACCGAGCACCUCAACGACUUCGCGGAUGAUGACACACUUGUGGCGACCGUUCGCGCAGCUGUGGAGUGCGGGCACGUCGUCCUCAAUAAGUACUACGAGAAGACGGACGAGUCAAUUGUCUAUUGCAUCGCGAUGAUCCUGCAUCCCGCUUACAAGACUCAGUACUUCCACUUGCACAAGUGGAUUGAAGAGUGUAUCGACGAAGCCAAGGACAUCAUCAAGGAGGAGUGGGAGACAUACUACAAG